UCCCGGUAGGCAUUGCGGCAGUGCUUUCGGCGCCAGGCCGAGGUGUGGUGGCUUAGGUAGUUACCAUGGAGUUGCGCUGGGUAACCCUGAGGUAGUGAGUGGGACGCGGAGGCUGGAGGGGCAGCAGCUGCGGGGAACAAUCCCUGAACCCAAAGGAAUGAAUCCCUAAUGGUGGCGUUUCAGGCAUCAGUGACAGGCUGAACCCGGACUUCCAGGGCCCAUGCUUACACCGGACAAAUUAUGGCCUGAGCUAUGAGCACACAGGACUACAUGAACACUUCGGUGCAAGAGCCCCCUCUUGACUACUCCUUCCGAAACAUCCAGGUGAUUCAAGAUCUGAUGAGCGAGGAGCCAAGGAAAGGGCAGCGACCACUAAAGCACUCGAAGUCAGGGAAGUCACUGACUCAGUCCCUGUGGCUGAACAACAAUGUCCUCAAUGAGCUGAAAGGCUUCAACCAUGUAAUUUCACUGCUGCUGCAGCAUCCAGAGAACCUGGCCUGGAUUGACCUGUCUUUCAACGACCUGACUUCCAUUGACCCUGUCCUGACCACUUUGUUCAACCUGAGUGUCCUCUACCUCCAUGGCAACAGCAUCCAGCGUCUCGGAGAGGUGAAUAAGCUGGCCAUCCUCCCUCGGCUCCGGAGCCUCACACUCCACGGGAACCCCAUGGAGGAAGAGAAGGGGUAUAGGCAGUAUGUGCUGUGCACCUUGCCUCGUAUCACCACAUUCGACUUCAGUGGGGUCACCAAAGCAGACCGCACAGCAGCUGAAGUGUGGAAACGAAUGAACAUCAAGCCCAAGAAAGUCCGGAUCAAGCAGGAUGCACUCUGAGGUUCCCAGGACUGCAGCCAUCCUGAAGGCCUGAGGACAGCCAGUGUUGGUUUGACAAUACAAUAAAGGAUUUGAGCUGUUCAGCAGAUUAGAAGUCACUUGUGCUGUGUAAAAAUGCCCCCCAACUCAGGCAGUUGCCACUGGUUCUGGUCUUGCUUCACUGAAAGGUAGGCAGGGGAGGGAAAGGCCUGUUGACCUGAGACACAGGAGACCUGGGUUCAUUGCAUGGCCUUGGGGAACUGAUCUCAACUCUGGGUCCUUUUUUCACUCUUCAGAUCAGAUAUCCUGGGAUUGAGUUGCUUCAGAGAGCACCAGGGUUCUGUGGAGAUGCCUCAGAGGCCUCGGUGAGAAAAAGUCAAGAAGAUAGGCCAUGAAUGCUGAAUCCCCCAUUUCCAUCCAACCAGAGUAGUUACUCUCAUGUUGUUUAUGUUGGGAUUGUGCUUGAGACGUCAUUUGAUUAAAAAAAAGAACUUCUGCCCUA